ACGUCACCUUUGUCACUGUCAACAAAAACACCAAUGGCAUUCCCAUAGUUUUUAUCGUGGUUUUAUCAAAAUCCGGAGCGUCACACAGCUAAAUCGUUAUGGCCAGACCACUGCGAAUCGCCCUCGAUUUCGCCCUAAAUGUAUGCGAAUCCGCAAAACCAUGUGUCUCCCAAGCAUGGCAAUACGCCAAAGUAGAAAUGAUACCACCAAUGACACAAGCUUUUUUUCAAGGAAUCGGCGGAAAAACUAUAGAAAGAUUUGCAGGUGCUGUCGGUAAUGGUAUGAUUUCGUUUCUGCGAGCGUUUGUAACCGCUAUUGACGCUGCUGCCGCUCAAAGGAAAAUAGCACUAGAAAGGGCACUUAAGGACAAGCAAGAAAAAGCUGUGGCGGAAGCUAAACUAGCGGCAGAAGAAAAGGCCAAAGCUUUAGCUGCUGCAAAAGCAAAACAAGCUGAAGCAGCAAAAGCUCAAGCAGUAAAAACAAAACCUGCUGAAGAGAAGGUCAAGCCUAAAUCAGCUGAGCCUGCAAAAGCUGAUUCUAAAACAUCACCCGCAGUUAAAGCUGCUCCAAAACCAGAUCCAAAAAAACCCGACCCGAAAAAAUCUGAGGUUAAAAAACCCGAGGCCAAAAAACCUGAGGUUAAAAAACCUGAGGUUAAAAAGCCUGAGGCCAAAAAACCUGAGGCCAAAAAAUCUGAGGCUAAGAAGCCAGAUCCACCGAAGGGAAAGAAGGUAGGUAUGUCUGCACACGCGAAAUCCAUAGUCGGAUCAUUUCGAAGCCGCAUGCAAAUCGUUUAUGAACUAGCAGAAGUAUACAAGGGUGAAGCUUUAAGAAACAGAAAAUUAAGCCAACUUAUGGAGCUUAUUAAAGAGAAGACGGAGCGUGCGGCGAAGUCAGAGCUGGCAGCAAAGCUGCGGGUUGCUAAAGGAUAUUACACGGUAGAAAUGGCACCCCCAUCAUCUGCAGGUGAACUGAAGCAACUCAAAGAGGAGAUCAAUAUGGUUAGAAAGUUUAUGAGUUCUAAAGGAUACAAGGACCUCACUGUGAAGCAAGCUUGGCUUUUGUUCCUCGUCGGAAUCGAAGUUGGAUUGUGGUUCUUCUUGGGCGAAACUAUUGGCAAGUUCCACAUCGUUGGUUAUAAAGUGUGCCCUUAACUCAGUAGGUACUGGGAUGACUAUUUUCUUCAAAAUUCAGUCCAGAAAGCUACCAGUUGGAGUUACAAUUUUUGACACGAACUUCAGCAAUACCAUGACUAGCACACAUUGUAGUCACCCUGGACAGUUAGGUAGGUACAUAGUUUGUGCCCUUGUCCGGAACGAUAUUUAUGGUAUUUACAUGCCCUAUUCAGAUUAUAACACACACGAAACAGAAGGACUGUAACUCAUAUACACAUAUGAUAUGAGUUACAGUCCGUCUGUUUCAGUCCCUUUAAAUCGAUUUAAAC